UAAAGAACAAUUAACAAGCUUAAUAGAAAAGGAGAGUGUUGCUGUGUCUAUAACGAUAGAUUUUUGGACAAGUCGUCGUAACCAGGGAUAUAUUGGAAUCACGUGUGCUUGGAUUUCUGAUUCUUGGGAAUUCAAAGAAGCACUACUUGUUUUACAACAUGUUCUAUACUCCAUACAGGUGAAGUUAUUGCUGAACUGUUGGAUAAUAGCGAUAGUAUACUUUCCAUCACGGCUUCAAUCAGAUGAAAGUGCGCCUGUACGAAAGGAUGAUGAAUUGAAUGAUAUAUUGUGUAGUUUUGAAGAAAUAAUAAUGUUACUAAGUGGAAAUACUUAUGUAACAAUUUCUUUAAUGUAUCUAGCUAUUUUAACAUUAGUGAAAACUUUAAAAAUAUUAUUACAACAAUCUUAUAUUGAAUCAGCUUCAACAGAUAUGGGUGAAUUAACAAUUCUCGAUUCUGUAGAAGAAGUUAUCGAUGAUACAAAAGACAUUGUUGAGAUUAAAGAAGUUGACGUUUCAUUAGGAAUUAUACACAAAACAAUUAACAUCUCAGUUCCAAUGAUUAUAAUUGGAAUGCUUGCGAAGGUUAAAAAAGUAUUGUAUGAUAGUAUGUAUCAUUAUUGGAAUUCUGUUACAGAUGUCAGCAUGUUGGCAUGUUUACUUGAUCCACAUUUUAAAAAGCUACAUUUUGCCAACACAAAUGUGGUUAUACAAACUAAAGAACACUUAAAAAGUUUGUAUGAAUUGGAAUGUGAAAUUUACCCAACUUCUAAACGUCCAACGUCUUUGUCAAAUAUUCAGCAUGAUGAUCAUGAUGAUUUCGAAGCUGGUAGAAUUCCAAAAAAAUGA